ACGCAUCCGAUGUACCUGCCUCCUGCAAAGCAUCAAUCAUCAUGAAUAUCUGAAAGCAUCUCAGUGGCAGAAAAUGGAUUCUAAGAGAAGUGUCAUUGCAUUAUCCUUCUUCAACAAAAUUGUUCGUCGGAGAAGAAGAUCUGUGCCGUCUUCUGAUCUCAUAUCCGUCAAAAAGGCAGCUGAAGCUGGGAAAUGCGCAUUCGGGGGAUCCCUGUGGACGCUUAUACCCUGAACAUUCUGAUUGAAGCCUUUUGUCUCUCAAAUCGGGUGAAUUGUGGGUUUUGUGUGCUUGGGAUGUUCUUCAAGUGUGGAAUUGAUUUCAAUGUGGUGACAUUCAGCUCCCUGAUCAAAGGUCUUUGUCGGGAAAAUAAGAUCGUUGAGGCCAUAGAGCUAUUCAAGAAGUUGGUUGGGGAGAAAGUCUGCCAAGUUGAUAAUUUCACUUAUGCUACACUUAUGAAGGGGCUUUGCAAGGCAGGUUAUACUCAAACUGCUCUUGAUUUACUCAUACUUAUGCAAAUGGAGGGGCCUCAGCCUAAUAACAUAGCAUAUAACAUUGUGAUUGAUUCUUUGUGCAAAGACGGAAUGGUAGAUAGGGCUCUUGGCCUUCUCCAUCAGAUGAUAGAAAGAGGGGUUUCCCCGGACAUCAUCACAUACAAUUCAUUGGUUCAAGGCCUUUGCAAUUUUUGCCGAUGGAAAGAGGAGGGGAAGUUGAGUGAAGCAGAAAGUGUUAUUGAACUCAUGAUUCAGAGAAACACUUAUCCUGAUGUGAUCACAUACAACACUUUAAUUGACGGGUAUUGCUUGCAAGGGCAGAUGGACAAUGCUCAGAGAGCUCUUGGUCAGAUGGUAGACAAAGGCAUUCAUCCCAACCUUAGGUGCUAUAACACAUUAAUUAACGGAUAUUGCAAAAGAGAAGCAAUCGAUGAGGCCAUGCUACUUUUUCAUGUAAUGCCUCAAAUGGGGCUCCAUCCUGAUGCUGUUACUUACACCAUGAUGUUGCAAGGGCUGUUUCUGGUGGGCCGAUGUGAUACUGCUUUACAUCUUUUUCGGGAAAUGCAACUUUCUCGGCAUAAACUAGAUUUUAACACUUACUGUGUCUUACUUACCGGUUUGUGUGAUAACAAGCAUAUUAAAGAGGCAUUGGCAGUCUAUAGUAAGUUAUGUUCCUACAGGAAUGAUUCUCAUGUUUUUGGUAAUAUCAUGAUUGAUGGGUUGUGCAAGAUGGGGCUUCUCAAUAUUGCACGUGGUGUAUUGAGUAACCUCGUGUUUAAAGGUCAACAAGUAGAUGGAUAUGCGUACAAUGCAAUGAUAAAUGGGCUCUGUCGAGAGGGAAAAGCAGAUGCAGCCCUAGACUUGUUGAGGAAAAUGGGUGAGACAGAUUGCUCGCCGGAUACUAUCACUUAUAAUGUUAUUUUGCAAGAGUUUGUGAGAGUUAAUAAACUGCACGAGGCAAAUUUGCUCUUGAAUGAAAUGGCUGGAGGCUCCGGUGGCUGCCAUGACGAACGAGGAAAGAUGCUUUAUAAGGGAAAACCUGUAGAUCUCACAUCAGAGCAAGAGGAGGUUGCAACAAUGUAUGCGGUGAUGCUAGAUACAGAUUCCAUGAACAAACCCCAAUUUAAAGAAAACUUCAUGAACGACUGGAAGAAAUUACUUGGAAGAAAUCAUGUGAUUCAGAGUUUGGAGCACUGCGAUUUUACCCCUAUAUAUGAGUGGCAUCAAAGAGAGAAGGAAAAGAAGAAACAGAUGAGUUCAAAAGAGAAAAAGGCUUUAAAAGAAGAGAAAAUGAAACAAGAAGAGAAGUAUACAUGGGCUAUCCUUGAUGGUGUUAAAGAAAAGAUUAAGUGUUACUUUCUGAAAAAAUGGGAUGACUGAGGAGAUGAGGGUGAUGAUUAUGAUUACCAAAUCAAACUACAUAUGUUGGAUUUUUUCAGUAUUCAAGAUGGGAUAGUGAUUACAACAACAUAACCCAGUGCCUCAACGGCUCCUGCUCAUUACUGGAGAACCGGGGUUAGAUCUAUGCGCAGCCUGACCCUAUGUUUAAAACACAGAGCGUCUGUUUCUAGAUGAUCAAUGAUAAUGGAAGUUCUAAACAACAAUUUAAAUAUCUUCUCAAUCAAUUUUAUACCGUCCACUGUUGCGUACAACAAAACAGUAUUCAAAAU